CGAGAUUUCCUCGCUUUUCCUCCGCCGCUCGCCAGUCGCUUCUUCUCCUUCUCCGAAACCUUCCCUCUAAAGCUCAAUCGAGGAGCUAAUUGCAGAGGCGACAAUGGCGGCGGCUGCGGCGGAGCUCGCUUUAGUGAAGUCCUUCCACCCCAUGUCCAAGUUCAGCGGCCGGGCGAGCUCCAAAGUCGCCACUUUUCGGCCUCGCCAUUUGCGAAUCUCAGCUUCGGCCGCCGCCGCCCCUCCGGCCGCGGGGCCGAAGAAGAAAAAGUCGGGAAAGACGACGGAGAUCAAUGAGACGCUGCUGACUCCGAGGUUCUACACGACGGACUUCGAGGAGAUGGAGCAGCUCUUCAACGCGGAGAUGAACAAGAACCUGAACCAGGCGGAGUUCGAGGCGCUGCUGAACGAGUUCAAGACGGACUACAACCAGACCCACUUCGUCCGCAACCCGGAGUUCAAGGAGGCCGCCGACAAGAUGCAGGGACCCCUCCGCAAGAUCUUCGUCGAGUUCCUCGAGCGCUCCUGCACCGCCGAGUUCUCCGGCUUCCUCCUCUACAAGGAACUCGGUCGAAGACUCAAGAAAACCAACCCAGUGGUCGCCGAGAUCUUCUCCCUCAUGUCAAGAGAUGAAGCAAGGCAUGCCGGAUUCCUGAACAAAGGCCUCUCCGACUUCAACUUGGCUCUGGAUCUGGGCUUCCUCACAAAGGCCAGGAAGUACACAUUCUUCAAGCCAAAGUUCAUCUUCUACGCGACAUAUCUGUCGGAAAAGAUUGGGUACUGGAGGUACAUCACCAUCUACCGGCAUCUGAAGGCUAACCCUGAGUUCCAAUUGUAUCCCAUCUUCAAGUAUUUUGAGAACUGGUGCCAAGAUGAGAACCGGCACGGAGACUUCUUCUCUGCUCUUAUGAAAGCUCAGCCUCAGUUCCUCAAUGAUUGGAAGGCCAAACUGUGGUCCAGAUUCUUCUGCCUAUCGGUUUAUGUGACCAUGUACCUAAACGAUUGCCAACGAACAACUUUUUAUGAAGGCAUCGGUCUUAAUACCAAAGAAUUCGACAUGCAUGUCAUCAUCGAGACGAACCGCACGACGGCGAGAAUCUUCCCAGCUGUUUUAGAUGUUGAGAACCCUGAGUUCAAGAGGAAGCUGGAUAGAAUGGUGGAGAUCAACAAGAAGCUGAUUGCUGUUGGAGAAAGCCAGGACCUUCCCGUUGUGAAGAACCUGAAGAAGGUACCUCUCGUCGCAGCACUGGUUUCGGAGAUUGUGGCUGCCUACCUCAUGCCUCCGGUCGAAUCUGGAUCGGUCGAUUUUGCUGAUUUCGAACCAACACUUGUUUACUGAUUUUGGUUAAGCUUCCCUAGCAGAGAAUACUUGUAUGAAUCUGUUGGUGUACUUUAUUAUCUGUAAUCAAAUGGAUCCUUGUUUCACUCA